CUUUAAUAGGAAAAUGUAUAGCAAGUCAAUCAAAAUCAACUUUCUUUUGUAUUAGUGCUUCUUCAUUAACAUCAAAAUGGGUAGGGGAAGGAGAGAAGAUGGUAAGAGCGUUAUUUGCCGUAGCUCGAUGUAAUCAACCAGCUGUUGUAUUUAUUGAUGAAAUCGAUUCUCUUCUCUCACAACGAUCCGAUAACGAACACGAAGCCUCUCGUAGAAUUAAAACAGAAUUUCUUGUUCAGUUGGAUGGAGCUGCUACUGAUUCUGAUGAUAAAAUUCUGAUAAUAGGGGCAACAAACAGACCUCAGGAAAUAGAUGAAGCGGCUAGAAGAAGAUUAGUAAAGAGAUUAUAUAUACCACUACCAGAACAUAUAGCUAGACGACAAAUUAUUACAAACUUAUUAUCUCAACAAAAACAUGAACUAACAGAUGAACAUCUAGAUAUAAUAUGUCACAAGUCAGAUGGUUAUUCUGGAUCUGACAUGGCAAAUCUGUGUCGUGAAGCUGCUUUAGGUCCUAUUAGAAGUAUUCCAUUUGAACAGAUAGAAACCAUAACAUCGGAUGAGGUGCGAGCCAUAAAGGUAGAAGAUUUCCUGGAAUCUUUAAAUCAAGUUCGAGCAAGUGUUUCUGCUAGAGAUUUAGAUUUAUAUACAGAAUGGAAUAAAUUAUAUGGCAGUUUUGGAAAAUAAAUUAAAAAAAAUAAA